UUCCAAUCUGUUUAUUUGGCUAAGCCUAUUUCACGUUUUUAUUUUUUAUUUCAUAAUCCCACAACACGUCAACAUGCCUAUCCAAUGUCGAACUGGUUGUGGAAAAAAUGCUGUUUUGAAGAGACCUAAAACUGGCGAUGCACUAUGUAAAGAAUGUUUCUUUUGGGCAUUUGAAGCAGAAAUCCACUUUACAAUAACAAAAGGACAGCUGUUCAAGUCUGGAGAUUCUGUUGCUAUAGCAGCUUCCGGGGGCAAAGACUCCACGGUGCUGGCACACGUCAUGAAGACACUGAAUGAAAGGCACAAUUAUGGCUUAAACCUGAUGCUCCUGUCUAUUGAUGAAGGUAUCACAGGUUACAGAGAUGAUAGUUUAGAAACAGUGAAGCAGAACAGAGAUGACUAUGAAAUGCCUUUAAAGAUAUUGUCAUACAAGGAUCUCUAUGGGUGGACUAUGGAUGAGAUAGUAGCACAGAUAGGGAAGAAGAAUAACUGCACUUUCUGUGGGGUAUUCCGGAGGCAGGCAUUGGACAGGGGGGCAGCAUUACUUGGAGUCAAGUGUAUAGCUACUGGACAUAAUGCUGAUGACAUCGCUGAGACUGUCCUCAUGAAUGUAUUGAGGGGUGACAUAGCUAGACUAAAGAGAUGUACUUCUAUUAUCACAGGCAGUGAAGGGACUAUACCAAGAGUGAAGCCACUCAAGUAUGCAUAUGAGAAGGAAAUUGUGAUGUAUGCACAUUAUAAAAAGCUGGUAUAUUUCUCUACUGAGUGUGUGUUUGCACCAAAUGCCUACAGGGGACACGCCCGGGCUCUUUUGAAGGACAUGGAGAAAAUACAACCCACUUGCAUCAUGGAUAUCAUAUAUUCAGGUGAAACAAUGGCCAUAAAAGAUGAAGUCUCACUACCUAAACAGGGUGUCUGUGUGAGAUGCAACUUUGUCUCAUCGCAGGCAGUGUGCAAGGCAUGUGUACUUCUAGAGGGACUGAACAAAGGCCUGCCAAGACUUGGAGUUGGAAAGAGUUCCAAAGCCAAGAAGAUGCUGGAGGAGUACAAUGCUAGAGAGAGACAGAACAAGGAAAAUGUCCCCACAGAUAACAAGUUAGACUUAGCACUAAAAGAACUAAAUUUAGAUGACACAGAUAGCAAUAAAAAAGGCUCUUGUAUUUCAAGGAAGGGAAAAUGUAGAACAGGACUUUGUAGUUCUAAAAACGCAACAUUGGAUAGUAAAACUGAAGAAGUAUCCUGUAAUAAUUCAGGAAAUACCUGUUGUAGCUCUAAAGAGAAAACUCAGGGAAAUGGAGAAGUGGCUAACCCUAAAUUGGACAGGCUACUUGAGGAAUAUGGUCUAGAUGACAGAAGCAGUAGCAAUGAUAAACAGAAUGACAAAGAAGAAAGUGACAUUGAGGAGCCAAAGUUAUAUGAUGAAGAGGAAGAGAAUACUUGUGCAGGCACCUGUGGUUCCCUAAAAAUAGGAUUUUAGCAUGUUACAAUAAUAAUUUUACUGUAUAGUAAAUAAUGGUGUACAUACUAUGUAUAAUAAAUAAAAUAAAGAAUAAAUUAUUA